GCCAGCGUUCCAACAGUAUCCAUCCAUCUAAUCCAAGCUUAAACAUGGCCCUAUUCAAGUGCAUCAUCGUGAGCUGUGCUCUCUUCGCCAUCGUCGAGUGUGCCUUGUUGCCUGCUGUUCCCAUCAAUACCGAGAUUGAUCCACAUCCUCAGUAUGCCUACGCCUAUAAUGUGCAGGAUGCAAUCACCGGCGAUAGCAAGAGCCAGCAGGAGGUGAGGGAUGGCGAUAUUGUCAAGGGCUCCUACUCUGUGGUCGAUGCCGAUGGAUCGUUGCGUACCGUCUUCUACACUGCGGAUCCCAUCAAUGGCUUCAAUGCUGUGGUGCAACGUGGCCCAGUUCCAGUCCCAGUUGCAGCUCCAGUUGCUGCUCCAGUAGUGGCUGCACGUCCAUUCCUGGGCUAGAGACACAGCUGCCAUGUAAAGUAUACUCAACACACCCAGAGUUGAUCUUAGCCUGUAGAUAAGUUAUUGUCUGUUCUGUAGAUCUAACCACACUCAUAAAUCAGUUAAUAAAUCCAGUUAGCCAAAGAGAACAAGCACGACGCACACCUAAUUGCCGGACACCUGGUUAUGGAUUAUGGAUUGUGAAUCGAGCAACUUGCGAAUUAUACUCGUAUUGCGCUGACAAAUGGUCUUGGGUUUUAGCUCUGA